AUCGGAUUCAUCAUUUAUCAUUUUCGGGUCUUGAAGAGAUCUGUAGGCAGAUCACUCGCAGUACAGAAUCUGCCGACGAGAGGAUUCAGUUGGCGCGUUCCAAGCACAUACCGAGAUUCAAUGGGCGCUGCGCAGUCGUGGUGCUGCGGAGUGAAAGGUCGGGAUGAACUGCAGCCGGGCAAGAGGCGGCCCAACGGCUUCAAGCAUGACCGGGACAUGCACGCUGUCAGGUCUCCGCAUGUGACGUCAGCGCCGCAGGUACCGGCACAUGCACUUGGAAAAUGGGCAAUACUCGUAGCUUGAACUGCUGACGGACUGACUGUUUUGUGAUGUUGCUCCAUUCAUCAGCCUAUCAAGUUGCUGGGUCCGUCCUACAGCAGCGGGAGCAUGGAAUCCAAGUACGAGAUGCUGGACGAGAUUGGACACGGAGGCACCUCGGUCGUAUACAAGUGUUGCGAACGACGCACAGGAGUUGUACGCGCUUGCAAGAUCAUUGACCGACGCGCUGUCGAGCGAGAGCAUAACGUCGUGAUGGAGCAAUUCCAAGUUGAGAUCCAAGUACUGCAGUCGCUAAAGCACCCGAACAUCAUUCACAUUGAAGACGUCUUCCUGUCCGAAUCGAAGAUCUGCAUGGUGCGUAUUUGUAUACCAAAGAACGAACGUGUUACACAGUAUUCAAUGUUGGAUGCAUUAUUCCAGGUCACGGAAUAUAUGGGUGGUGGCGAGCUGUUUGACUAUGUCGUCGAUAGGGGGACGCUGUCGGAAGUGGAAGCGAGCACCAUUGUCCGUCAGAUCACGUCGGCUGUCGCCUACUUGCACGCACGUGGAAUUAUUCAUCGCGACCUCAAGCCAGAAAACUUGAUGCUGACGAGCAAGUCGCGUGGGGCCUCCGUGAAAAUCAUCGACUUCGGGCUGGCAAAGUUACUGGACGCAGACGACAAGACGGCCUCCUUUUUGGGAACUAGAGGAUAUCUCGCGCCGGAAAUGCUACAACGUCAAGCAUAUUCCAUGUCUGUGGAUAUGUGGGCGUUAGGGAUCAUCGUGUAUGUCUUGCUCUGCGGUUGCCUGCCUUUCGACGAUGAUGGCGGCAAGAUCGCCAACGAAAAGGCCGCUCGGGCAAAGUUUGGCCUCCGCUUUCCCCGCUGGGCCAGUGGCUUGUCCGAGAGCGCAAAGGAUCUACUCCGCAAUUUGUUGGGUAGGCACAAGAACCACACUGAUCACUCGUUUUGCUUCGUAUCUUAACUGCUUAUGUGCGCUUAUGACAGAGGUGGACUCGACCAACCGGUUCACGGCAGAGCAGGCGUUGGCACAUCCGUGGGUCACAGGUGCUCGCACGCCCAACAAGUACCUCAAGUCUCCCAACUACCUGCGCUCUAUCAAGCAGGAAAAAGUGAGCCAGAAGAUGAAUGGCCGCAUGCCACACGCAAACGGCAACAGUGUCGAAGUCUGCAAUGGCAAUGGACCGACGAUCAGCGUGCGGAGACAGUCGCGUUGAUCUCCGCUAAGCAUAGCGAUGUAAAGUGUAUUUUUGCCCAAUUUGAAGUGCCUUUUGAUCUGAAUGUCGCUUGAAC